AUGAAAACCAGCAAGCAUGACCCUAUGGAACCGCAGAACACAACCGUAGCCGUUGUUAGUUUGGGUGUGGAUUAUAUUGUUCUAACACGUGUGGAUCGUGGUGAUCUUCCAGAUGUUGGGAGUUGUGACUUUGAGGAGGCUAAGAAAGAGCUUAAUCUGGUUCCGUCGGUUCCUCAAAAGUCUCUUGCUCACCAGAAAUAUGAAAAUAUGCUGAUUUGCUUGAAGCUUCUGUUAAUGAACAUAUUAAGUGAGUUCCACCAUAAAGCACCAGUUUGUAUCAGCAGUCCAGCACCUUCACGGGCUUCAAACGAGCAAUUGCAUGGUGUGGCAGGGGAUGAAGACGAGUAUGUGGUACGUAUCACAAACGGAAAGCAAGCGAAAGUUGCAGCCAAGAGAAUAUUCUUGAAUGUUGCUAAACCAGGCUCCAAGUCGCCUUUUAUUGCUUGUGAGAUCUUUACUUGUGAAGUCGAUAUCAUUCUUGAAGCCUUGGUGGAGGAUGAGGAGGUACAAAAGACUUGA